ACUUCUGAUAGUACGUUCCGCUCAAAAGCAAAUCGAAGGUUCGUUUCGGAGUGAACCAUACUACUUUCGUGACAUUUAGCAUUUAAUAAUUCUUCAUCUAGAUGAAGUUUAGAUACAUUCAAUGUUUUUGCACAGUUGUUUGCGCUUACAGAGAGCGAAAAAAUGAAUGACAGCUAAAAUCUGUUGAUCACGUGAAUUGCAUCACAUGACCAGCACAUGUGAAAGUCCUUCGUCGAAGAAGACGGAUUAUAAACGGGACAGUAACUUUAUUCUAUUGCAUUUUGUUUGAUUGUAUAAUACGUAUGUCUUAUGGCAACAUCGUAUGUGAAUUUCGUUCUUAUAUAUAUAGGAGUAUGUUUGUCUCAAUGCAAAGACCUCCGACAUUCUUCGGAUGACGAUCUCUUGUUACCCUACUCCAAAUCCCACGGCCCAUCUCAUUCCCACCGCCAUGUGAGGGACUGUCAGCCCGUCUCUCAUGGAAAUGUAACCCACGAAACCUGGGCAGCAAGCAAACACUCUAACUCUCCAGUGUUCAAGUCAAAUAUAUUCAUCUCCGACAUCACCGAUGACUCUGGUGUUCACAGAUGGGCGAGCGGCCACAUCACAGAGGUUCAUGACCCAUUGAGAUCCGUGUCCGUUCUGGAACCAGGAGGCCCUGGAGGGUGCAGGUGGAGUCACAGAGAACUGGUGGAGCUCACUGCCAAAACUAGAAAGUGCCUCGUCGCCCAGAAUGGAGGCUUCUUUGACACUGCAAACGGACAGUGUUUGGGGAAUGUCAUAAGUGAUGGGAAACUGGUGAGGAACAGUGGAGGAAUUCUAAAUGCUCAGUUUGGCAUCCGAAAGGAUGGGACGCUAGUGUUUGGCUACCUGUCUGAGGAUGACAUCCUGGAUCAGGUAAACCCUUUCGUACAGUUGAUCAGUGGGGUGGUGUGGCUGCUGAGAAAUGGUGAGAUCUACAUCAGUGAGAGCAUCCAGGCAGAAUGUGACGAGACACAGGAGACCGGACAAUUCCAGUACUUUGUGAACGUGAUAUCUGCCCGUACGGCAGUAGGUCACGAUGCAGAGGGCAAUCUCAUCCUCUUCCACGUCGAUGGUCAAACUGGUGUAAGAGGUAUGAACCUCUGGCAAGUGGCAAAGUUUUUGAAGGAACAGAAUGUCAUUAACGCCAUCAAUCUGGAUGGAGGCGGCUCGGCCACUUAUAUCCUCAACGGGUCCCUGGCCAAUUACCCUUCAGACCACUGCAAAACUCCAGAGUGGCGCUGUCCACGGCCGGUUUCCACCGUGUUGUGUGUUCAUGAGGGGCUGUGCCAGCCGGAGGACUGCAGCGGACAUGGGCACUGCGUGGAGGGCCGGUGCGUCUGCCAGCAGGGCUGGAGCAGCCCAGGAUGUGCCAAUCUCACAUGCCAGACUGAAUGUGGAAAGCAUGGAAUCUGCACUGAGAAUGGAUGUGUGUGUGAUGCUGGAUGGAUGGGUUCAAACUGUAGCCAAGUAUGUGCAGCAGGUUUCUAUGGCGAUGACUGCAAUCAAACAUGUGCAUGCGCACAUGGGGGCUCAUGUGAUUCUGUUCACGGACGGUGCACCUGUCCUGCUGGUUUCCAUGGAGAUUUCUGUGAGAAAGAAUGCCCUCUUGGAUUCUACGGGCUGAACUGCAAGCAGCCGUGCCAAUGCCAUGACAUGUGCCCAUGUGAUGCGGUCACAGGAAGCUGCAACACCACAUACCAAGGAGAGAGAAACAUCAGCCUACACAGAGCUGGUCACUGCCUGGCUACCCAGAUGUGGACGGAAUGGAGACAAGAGGAGAAGGCUCAUGCUCCAAAACCAUAUUUAUCUGAACAAAAUUGGUUGGUUGUUUCCGCUAUCCUGGCAACGUUGCUGCUGGCCAGCCUGGCCGGUAAUCUUAUCCAGACGUGCAGAAAAUGCAAAGCGCGUGGGCAAAAGGCAGACUACUCGUACUUGCCACUUGGAGAGAUCAACGGGUCCAUGGAGCGAAGCAGAGGACAGGGGAUGAAGUCUGGGAAAGUUCUUUUUCAGCAAGAAGACUCUGACUCGCAAGACUCCUCAUAACCAUGUUUCAAAAUGUAUGCAUUUGUGCAGGGUUAUGCAAGUGUGCCAUCCAGCAGAGAGCAAGCGAGCUAGCUAGCCAGAACAAGCCCUCAUUAGUCUGAAGACGAGGACAGGGUUUUUUUUUUCCCCUUGCUGUGAAUCGAUGAGCUUUUGGAAGCGCCUCUUCGUCUUUGGAUUGGGGCGCCCAAAUUGGCGAUGAUGGACAAUGGGAUGGGUGUUAGCAUCCAAACAGCUGUCUGCGCGGCUCAAUGCGUUCACAUGUAGGAGGCAGUUCUCACACAUGCCAAAUGCCCUGAUUGUGCAGUUUGCUAUUUUUUUGGUUUGUUUGUUUUUUUUUGUACACUUUCAUAUUAGCUGCUAGCAAUGUAAGAACCAGUUCCUCAAGUGACAUCCUUCAUAAUUUAAAAUACUAUUUCACUGACCUCAUUGAAGACUUUUAUUUUGGUCUUCAGAUGAGAAGAGAAGCAAUAUCACCACAAAGCCUUUUUAUUGACAGAAUGGCCCAGUUGUCCCACCUGUUGCCGUAGCAACAGACGUGUUUUGAACUAUGGACUCAUUUUGAAAAAAUCCUUCCUGCAGGAACUUGCCAAACUGCUAUUUUGAAACCGUUUUAUUGAAUGAUUUUUCUUCCUCCUGUGGCUCUAGAGGUCAUUCAGUUUAUUUAGAUUUCUAGCCCUCAGCCCUUUUGUUUCUGUAAACGCCUUGCCAACUCCUGCCAGAUGAAAUAUAUAUAUAUAUAUAUUUCAUAUCGUGUUUCUAUGUGUGUGUGUGUGUGUAUAUAUAUAUAUAUAUAUAUCAAGGCCUGGACUGUUUUCUCACCCUCACUAGAAAAGCAAGAGAAGGACAUUUAUUUUAUGCCUUGCUCAAAGAUGCUCUUUUUUUCUUCUAUCUCCUUCUUCUCUGUUCUGAAGCAGUGAAUCUAGGCUUUGGGAAGAGAUUUGAGUAAAGUAUUUUGUUCAGGUUCUGUUUUCACUCUGAAACAUGACAUGAAUAUUAUGGAAGAGGAACAUUUACUCGAGUGUGUAGUUCCUCUGUUGUUUCCUGUUUAGCAUUCAAAUAGAUCUAGGCUUGUCUUGUUUUAAGAGUUUCAAAGUUUCAUUGGCAAACACAGAGACAUGUCGACGGAUGAAUUUCAUUAAACCUGUCAAAACGUUCCAGAUCUUAUUAAAUUCCCAAAUCAGCCGAAUAAAGAAUCAUAUUUUUCCCCUUAAAAAUGUAAUUAUUUAUUCAAUUUGGUAGUGCUUGUACUUUCUUUAAUAUAUGCUAAUUUAAAUAAAAUACAGUGAAAGCAAAACACCUAGAUACAUUACGAUAAUGAGAAUUUUGGGGUAAAUUUGCUCACUUGUAAUUAAAAAAUAAUGUUAUUCUGCAAAAUAUAUAUAUUUUUCUAGUUGAUAUUCUGAGGUGAAAUAUAGCUUGUAAAUCACCCACAAAGUGAUGUCUUUAGUUACAGAAUUACAGAAAUAUAAUUUAAUAUAUAAUAGUGAAAGGUGUUUGUCAGCGGUGUGAAACAUUUGACCGUUUAUUGACUUCCACCUAGCUCACUGCAUGCUUUGCAUAUCUUCUUCACUGGGAGCAACCUCCAUGCUGAUCGCAUUGACAGUUACAAAGACUUUAAUCCAGGUUUUUAAUACAUUUUUUAUUUUAUUUCAAUCUAAUCAAGGCAGAUGCCGCUCAGGUUAAAAAGGGUACUUGUUUGUCCACUGUUCGGUGAUUAUGCUGAUCAGUGUCUGAGGCUGCUGACUUCUUCUGAGUGAUUUUAUGUUGUAUGUCUUUUUGUUAAACAAUAGUAAUUGCUAUAAAAAGAACAUGUGCAAUUCCUUGUGCAAUUAAGUAUUUGAUUGAUUUAAAGUUAUGUUAGAUCGCUCUAAUUCAGAUCGUCUGGUUGCUCUCAGGUUGGCUUGACAUUGAGGUUAGUUACAGCCUAACCUAUGUGCUUGACCUGGUAAUUACUUUCACCCAUUUCUGGUCUUGGGUUCAUGCAGGAUCAUUGGUGGACACCCUUUCGAAUUUCAAUGAAUGUAUGAAAUAAAAUUAUAACAAAAUAUGAACUAUGAGAUUUUUCUAUAAGAAAUGGCAAUUAUUUUUUAUAUUGCAUAUAUGUUAGUGCAGAAAAUGGCUGGUUUUCCACUGAGCACCCUCCCAAAAUACAUUCACAGUCCUAAUGUAUAUUUUCUAUACACUGAAUUAGUUACUAAAAUUUGACUUUAUAGGUUAUAUGAGGAUAUAUAAAGAGUGACUGCUUCAUACAUGUCAGGCUGCUAAACAAACACACUGCUGAUUUAUCUGUUUUGAGAUAGAAUUGAUAAUGAAUGUGUCAGGUCACUAAAGGACACACAAUUGGUUGUCAUUGCACAGACUGCAAAUGAAAGGUGUGUUCUUCCAGAGAAGUUAAAAGCCUGUUUCUCCUGGGUGUGUUCAAUAGAAAAUUGUGUUCAGGAACAUAUUUGUGCUUCUUCAGGUUUCAUUUAAUUUUAUGCUGCUUUGUCAGUAGUAUUUAAAUGCCAUGUCAGUAGCAUUGUUUGUCACUUCCUAUUCUAUUAAACUCCUUGCAUUAUGUUUGGAACAUUAUUCUUAACAUAAUGCAAAUGUGAGACUGUCUCUUCGAGUCCAUGGGUCCCAAAACAGGUCACUUUACCAACCAACAAAACAACUAAUAAAAGCCAUUUGUGCAUGUGCUUUGUCA